GUGAAUGAAAUUUACCACGACGAGUCCCUGGGGGUUCACAUCAACGUUGUGCUGGUCCGAAUGAUCAUGCUGGGGUACGCGAAGUCCAUUAGCUUGAUUGAAAGGGGGAAUCCCUCGAGAAGCUUGGAGAACGUUUGCCGCUGGGCGUAUCAGCAGCAGAAGUCGGACCCCAAUCACUCAGAGCACCACGACCAUGCCAUCUUCUUAACCAGGCAAGAUUUUGGGCCCGCUGGUAUGCAAGGAUAUGCUCCUGUUACUGGCAUGUGUCACCCGGUCCGAAGCUGCACUCUCAACCACGAGGAUGGGUUUUCAUCAGCUUUUGUGGUCGCUCAUGAAACUGGUCACGUGCUGGGAAUGGAGCACGAUGGGCAAGGGAACAGAUGUGGGGAUGAGACAGCAAUGGGGAGCGUCAUGGCUCCCUUGGUGCAGGCUGCCUUCCAUCGCUACCACUGGUCCAGGUGCAGCGGCCAGGAACUCAAGCGAUACAUACACUCUUACGACUGUCUUCUCGACGACCCCUUCGAACACGACUGGCCCAGGCUCCCUGAACUGCCAGGCAUCAAUUAUUCCAUGGACGAUCAGUGCCGCUUUGAUUUUGGCGUUGGCUAUAAAAUGUGCACAGCGUUCCGAACCUUUGACCCGUGCAAGCAGUUGUGGUGUAGCCAUCCAGAUAACCCGUAUUUCUGUAAGACGAAGAAAGGACCUCCACUCGAUGGGACAGAAUGCGCCCCUGGGAAAUGGUGCUAUAAAGGUCACUGCAUGUGGAAGAACGCGAACCAGCUGAAGCAGGACGGCAACUGGGGCCCCUGGACGAAGUUUGGCUCCUGCUCACGGACCUGCGGAACUGGAGUUCGCUUUCGAACACGCCAGUGCAACAAUCCAAUGCCCAUUAAUGGAGGCGAAGACUGUGCUGGUGUCAAUUUUGAGUUUCAACUUUGCAAUACAGAGGAGUGUCCGAAGCACUUUGAGGACUUCAGAGCGCAGCAGUGUCAGCAGCGAAAUUCCCACUUUGAGUAUCAGGGCAGCAAGCAUCACUGGCUGCCGUACGAACACCCUGACCCUAAUAAGAGAUGUCACCUGUACUGCCAGUCCAAAGAAACCGGCGAUGUUGCGUACGUGAAACAGCUGGCACACGACGGGACUCGCUGUUCCUACAAAGAUCCCUACAGCAUCUGUGUCCGGGGAGAAUGCGUGAAAGUGGGCUGUGACAAGGAAAUUGGCUCCAAUAAGGUUGAAGAUAAGUGCGGCGUCUGUGGCGGGGACAACUCUCAUUGCCGAACCGUGAAGGGAACCUUCACCCGCACUCCCAAAAAGCUCGGUAGGAACAGCACUUUCGUGCCUCUGGGUGCAGUUUCUGCUCUCGCGGGUGCUUCUGCCGUACUUAGGGCUUCUGCAGAAACGCAGCCCGCUUUAAGGGAGCGAAGCACACGUGGAAACCUGACGUGCAAAACCAGUUUAGUGCCCGAGAAAGAAACGCCGCCUUUAAACCAGCGUGGUGUUUCUGUCCUGCGAAGGGCUUCUGUUAGAAGAAAGCUCGAUGGGUCAAGCGUAGCCCCGAGUCCUCGCCGUGCGGAGCGUGCUCGGCUCGUUGCG